AUGAGGAAGCCAUCACUUAUAUACCGCUGGUGUUUCAGGGUACACCCAUGGGCACAUGAGGCCGGUCCGUGGUGGAGGCUGGACCUCCAGAAGACGUUCUCCAUCAGCACCGUCACCGUCACCAACAGAAGAGAUUGUUGCCACGGGAGGAUCGACCGCGCUGAGAUCCACAUCGGGGACUCGCUCCAGGACCACGGCAACGGGAAUCCAAGGUGUGCCGUCAUCUCGUCGCUGCCAGCAGGGGGCAGCGUGACCUUCGAGUGUAAGGGGAUGGAAGGCCGCUACGUCAACAUCGUGAUUCCUGGGCGGCGUAAGAUCCUGACCCUGUGUGAGGUGGAGGUCACCGGGACAGAAGCAAGUCCCGAUGUCUGUGGCUGAACUCUUCGUCAAGUCCUCCCAACAUCUGAGUGUCUCUGCUCCUCUUCAUCAGUCACAUGGUGGCUGAGGGAGAAUCACAGAACCGAGGAACAGAUGUUCAGCUCUGAGCAGCCGACGGGAAACGUGUUGAACUCUUGACCUUCAUGAACUGUUGUGUAUGACGUCAUUGUUUGUGUUCAUUAAAGACAUUGUUCAACAUG